AUGACGUAUUACACGGUAGCUUCCAAAAUUAAACAAAUGAAUGAACCUGAUCUUAACAGUAGCAUCACCAAUACCACCAUCAUUGAGAGACAUGAAGCCCCUAAGCUUCCAACGAUCAGUGUCCCGCCUUUCAGUGGCAGCCAUGAAGAUUGGAUGUCUUUCAAAAACUCUUUUACUGAUUUAAUUCAUUCACGCACUGACAUUAGUGAUAUGGUAAAACUUUCUCAUCUGGAAGGUUCACUGAGGGGAGAGGCACUGUGCAAGGUAGCAGUUUUUCACAUUUCUGCAGAAAAUUACACACAGGCAUGGAAGGUUUUAAAUGAGUUUUAUGAUCAGAAAAGGCUUUUAUUAGAAAGACAUAUCGAUGCCGUUAUGAGUCUCCCCCCUGUUGGUAAGGCAACAGCAGCAGAUUUAUCCAAAUUAAUAGAUGAUGCUAAACAACACUUGAGCAUUUAA